AUGCCUCCCACUACAUUCCCACAAUUCCCCCUCCUCCCCCCUGAGCUCCGCCGCCACAUCCGGUUCCUCGCCCUAGGCAAGCUCCGACCCGCACUAUACCCCUUCCGAACAGGCUGCUGGUGUCCGCGCCAACUCCGCGAAGGAGACGCCAACUACGACGCAAACACGUCCUACAACAUUGAUAUAGAUCUGCGCCACGAGCUCCUCGACCACGUCCCACUACCACCACGUGCCCCUCGCGCCGUCAACCGCGAGGGGCGGGGAAUCACACGUGACUGGCUCCGCGCGGAGCUCCAAAUACUGCAAACCAAGCAGAGCCAACUACCGCCGUGGACAUUCAGCUCUACGGGCAAUGUGAUGUACGUUGCGUCGAACCAGGAGUACGACUUUUUAGUAGGUCCCUUGGAUCGUCUGGAUGAGGCGGACGUUGAGGGGCAGAUUGUGUGCUUUCAGUAUCGGCUUGGGGCGCUGGCUGUGUCGGAGGUGAUGGUGCGUGAGGCGCCUGAGGACUUGGUUGAUAUUUUGGACUGGAUGAAUUUGGUGGAGGUGCUGUAUGUUGUUGUUGGGGAGCAGCCGGAUUUGACUACUGUUGGGGUGAGGGUGAGGUGGAGGUGGAGGUGGGAGGUGGAUGGUGAGGGGAGGAGGGGAUAUGUUUGGAAUAGUGAUGAUGGUGGGGGUGGGUUUCGAUGGGGAGAUGGGGAGAGGAUUGGGGGGGAGGAGUUGUCGGGGAAGAUUGAGGAGUUUGGGGGGGAAAUUGCGAAGUGGUGUAGGAGUAAUAGGGUUAAGCGAUUUCAGAUUAAGCCGGUUUAUGCUGUGCGGUCAAUUGAGCUUUAUCUUGAUAUGCUUAUGCAAUUAUAA